UUGUUGAGGCAGCGGAUCCCAUUCGACCAGUUGUGCGAUCGAAGUCGUCGAGUUCAGAUUGAAAUUGCGAAUACAAUUAACUAAGAAACGAAUUCAUUCCUACUCUAUCAAUUCCAGAUAAAAAAAUUCUAAAAAUUGAUCAAUUAAUUCUCAAGAAAAAAAAAUUACUCGAAAUAAUGCCGAAAGCGAAAGCAGAGCCGGAAGAGAGUGCGAUGGGCUUCAAAGACAAGCAGAAGGCAUUGGAUACUCUGAAAGUCUUGGAUGGUCGCGAUAUCAGUUAUCAGUACAACGUUAUCAGUGGAUUCGUCAGACGUGGCAAGCGGGUUUUGGAAAUUACUAAGGAUGGAGAGAAGCUCGCGAAAAUUCGGGAGGCCCUGGAGGUUUUCAACGAGUGGUUGGAGGAUUAUAAGAAGAAGGGGAGAAGUAAAGAGAAUUUCAAUUAUUUAUCGUUGGAGAUUGUUGAAGCCUACAAGGCACUCGCUGAGAGUUAUGGAAUCCUAAAUGAAGAUUUUCUGAAAGCUUACAGAGAGGAAAAAGGAGACUAUAAACCCCUCCGAGAGGUGAAAACCCCUGCAGGAGAGGUGACGUGGGACAUCGAGAGGAAUAGAAAACUGAAGGAAAUAGUGUCUAAAAUGAAAUCAAGUUAUAUACCUUGGUACAAAGUUGAUGAUGGAGUUUAUCGGGGUCUGCCCAGUGAGGAACACGUCAAGUGUAUUUUAUUAGGGUACAGCCCGGAACCGACAAAGCUGAAGAAAUUAAUUUCCCAAGUUGUUGAAACGUGUCGGGAUGAAGAAAAAUCGAGAGAUGCAAUUGAUUCUGAAUCAGGAAGUCGAAUCUGUGAGAGAAGUAGUAAACGAAGAUCUGAUGGAUCUUCUUUGGGUGGGAGCAGUGACUCUGAGGUGGAAAAUAAACAGAAGAAAAGGAAGUCAUUGGAAAAAACUAACGGAGGGAGUGACUAAUAUCUCCGAAUGGAAAAGCAAUAACGUCGUAUUGUUUUUAAUUGAACUUUCUGGUUUUUAUUCUGUGGAGGUGUGUGUGGACGCAUUAUAUCGGGAUUCCUUUGAUAUUAUGUUGUAGAUGGUACAUAUUAGAAUAAUAAAUGCUAAUGAAUAUAAUAAUAAAUUCCGUAAAUUAUGGGUUUCCACUCUGAAGUAACGAAUGGACAUUUAUGAAUUCGAAUCAAUCUUAAAUUUGCAAAUAAAAUAUUUACU